UAAUGAAUCUGGACAGAAAAGGCAGUAGACAGGUUGGGGCGUGCAGGGGGAGAGCGAGCCGGGGUGCGCCCAGGCCACUCGCAAAGGCACUGAGGCCUGCAGGAGCUCAAAAGGCUCAAGUCAGCCUGCAGGGAAAGAGUUCUUUGAAAUGUAAGCCCAAGAGAGGAAUUUGACAAGUAUUUUAAAGUAAUUCUUCCCCAGUGCUGUUUGCAGCUCCCGCCUAAUAGACAUAUUAGUAGAUACCAAAAAAGCAUCUGUUCCUAAAAACAGAAGCUUUUAGCAAAAUAGGAAUAGGUAGAUAUUUCCUUAUCAGAAUAAUUAUCCCUUAAUUUUAUAGCCUAACUACUUGACAGUAGUGGAAUGAGGGAAAGAACGGUGAUCUGUAGACACACGCGCGUUUUCACGUACAGUGCAGUGAUGUAACAUGUAUUAUCGAGAGUCCAGGAGAUGGACAGCCACAGGCACGGGAAGAUUCCCAGACACACCAACACAGUGAAAAGAGCGAGGGUGAGGAGUGCAGGUGCAGCUGGAACCUGUGUUUGUAGUAAACACUUAAAAACUGCAUUGCGGUGUUUAUUUGCUCUUAAAUAAAUAUAUAGCAAAAAGAUCGAGGAGGAUGCAUGGCCAACUGGGAAGCAGUUUAUUUUACUGUUUCUUCCUCAUUUGGAUAUUUUACCGUGUGACUGUGACAGGUACGUGAGUACACACUUCGCACUUUCAAGCCCAAAGCUGGUGAUAUAUUAAAUGAUAAAAUGCUAAAUGUAUUUUCAUUUGAGACAAAAACGAGAGAAGGAUGCCCACUCUCACCCUCGCUUGCUGCUGUUUUGAAAGUAGCCACUGCUGUUAGACUCGCCAAAGAAGCAGCGGCAUCAAUAUUGGAAAGGGGGCAAAAAGGAUUAUUCAUUCUGUGAUUAAAUUAUGGGCUGGCAAGUGAGAGAUUUGCCUGGGAAAACUUAGAAACACUCAAUAAAUGUGAAUCUAUUCCCUGUAGAUUGCUGGAGAUGGCCUAUUUGGGGACGAGGGCGUGAAGAAGCCCUUUCAGAAAGCGUUUUCUCUGUGCAGGGAGAGGGGAAAAACUGUGCUGGUUGAACUAUGUUUUGUUUUGUUUUUUUUACUUCCAAAUGAAAACUUUGUAUCAUGUUCAUAUAUUAAUGUCCAAUAAAAUCAAAAUUAAAUAAACUUUUAUUUGAUUUUUCUCCCAGUAAUCAAGAUAAGAAAAUUAGGAACACAUAAAUAUAUCAAAUAAAAGGGGCAGAAAAGAAAAUCUCAGAAAAAUGAUAACAGAUUUGAAUAUAUGAAGCAAAGCACUUUUAAACAAAAUAGCACAUUUGUGAUUAAAAGGAAAAUAAUGGCCUGGAGAAAAAUGCUUGCUUUGGAGAGAUGAUGAGGAAGGGCCUGAGUUGGGUCUUGCGGAGCCAAGGGUUUGAGGAGCUGCAGGGAUCUUAGAGUUUGUGUGGAAGCUCCUCCUGUGCUCAUCUCCCUUCGUGGAGAGCAGGGACCACGUCUUACUCGGCUUUCUACUAACCUGCUACCCAGGUGCAUAUAGCUCCAGGCCAUGUCUAGUAAAUGUUACCUGAAUGAAACUGGGAUGUAUUAAGAUGGAGGGUUGCUAGACUUGGUGGCCUGCUGAAUCUUGGCUGGUGUGUAGAGUGAUUCCUGCCUUCGGGUAUUCAUCUAUCCAUUCACUCAGUGAACUUUUGUUGGGCAGCUGCUCUAUGCCAGGUGCUAUGCUGAGUUUGUUAAGAGGAGUAACAAAGCUCUUGAGCUUAUGAAAACAGAUGAGUUGUAACUUUGAACGCAGGGUGCUGCAUGAACAAAGAACAUUCCUAGCUGGGGGUGAGGGUGGGUGUCACAGGGAGCUACCUGACCCGCCUCCGCAGUGGGGAGACUGGGAAGACUGCUCACCAUCUGGUCUCAGACUUAAAGGUCGAUGGCAUUCACUGGGAAAGUGGGGACAAGGAGAGGACGCUGGGCUGAGGCACGUGUCAGGAUGUGUGGUGCAGGGCGAGCCACCAGCAGUGAGGCGUUUCUGGACCUUAAUUUUUCUUCAGUUAUCUAUCGAUUCAUUUGUUUCUAAGGAACUUGUUUUGCAGGUGGAAGGAUAAGAGACUGAAGAGGAAGGGAGGCACUAGACCUUAGAGAACCUUACUGGACUUUGUCUUUAGGCAGUGGUACUGAUGAUGUUGUAGGUCCUGAAGGCAUGGAGAAAUUUUGUGAAGACAUUGGUGUUGAACCUGAAAAUGUAGUUAUGCUUGUCCUAGCUUGGAAAUUGGAUGCACAAAACAUGGGUUAUUUUACUCUACAAGAAUGGUUAAAAGGAAUGACUUCUCUACAAUGUGAUACAACAGAAAAACUCAGAAAUACUUUGGAUUACUUAAGAUCAUUAUUAAAUGAUUCUACAAACUUUAAACUUAUUUACAGAUAUGCGUUUGACUUUGCACGGGAAAAGGACCAGCGCAGCCUAGACAUGAACACUGCCAAGUGCAUGUUGGGACUGUUAUUAGGAAAAAUCUGGCCCCUUUUUCCAGUUUUUCACCAAUUCUUAGAGCAAUCAAAAUAUAAAGUUAUUAAUAAAGACCAGUGGUGCAAUGUCCUAGAGUUUAGCAGAACAAUUAACCUUGACCUCAGCAACUACGACGAAGAUGGAGCGUGGCCAGUUUUGUUGGACGAGUUUGUGGAGUGGUAUAAAGACAAACAGAUGUCCUAGGACUGUGUGCACAGCAGCAAGAGAGUCACUGUUCCCACAGUUGUGUCGCCAUUAGCCAUAAAUUGCUGUUCGUAUCCAAGCGCAUGCUGCUUUUCUUGCACUGUCUCCCCUCGCAGGGACGCUGUGGUGUUUGCUGUUGACCGGGCCAGCUCUGCUCGCCACGUGGCGUCGUUCUCUUGGAAGACUGCUUUGCAGUUUGUAUUUACACUACAGAUUGGUGAAUUUGCCAACGUCCUCACUGUGAUUACGUGUAUAUUGCUGUUUAAAUUUUGUAUAUGUGUAUAAAAAGAAAAAGCUUCACCUAGAGAUUAUUUCUGCAAAAAUGUAUUGUAAAAAUAAUUUUGUGGCAUCUUUCUAGUCCCUUUUUUCAAAUCAACCAUUCAUUGUAUAUUUGGUCUCAAAUGUAGCAUUUCAGCAAACAAGACAAAACAACCCUUGCUAUGAGCUGACAUUGCCAGAAUUAACUUUAAUGUUUGAGGCCAACUUUUUGGAAGGAGGUGGGAGUCUUAACUUUUCUGAGGCAUAUGCCAAAUAUACUUUGCUUUACUUAACAAUAUUAGCAUUUUUUAAAUGAUGGAAGUUAGAAUUAUUUGAAGACGUAGACAUGUAACAUGCUGCAAAUCAUUUCCACCAUGCAAAGUAUAGUUUUUUGUUUUUUAAUGUUUAUAGUAGCUUGAAUAUAGGUACAAAUGAGCAAAUUCAAAUUGCACCUUUUUGAAAAAUGGAGUUUAAAGUAUUGUGUUCUUUAAUGGUUUUUCUUUUCCUUUUUCCCCUUUUGCAUUCUUCCAGCCAGUGUCUGGUGUGUGGGUGCCCUCCGUGCCACUUAGUGUAAAAUGGGGUUUGCCUCCUGCGUGGAAAACCUCGUGGUCCGCUGGCAGUCUAGUCUCUACCUGUGGAGCACUUUGAGUUGUGGCUUGAAUUUUUAGUUCAGCUUUUAUGGUAUCUAAUCUACUUUUUUUGGAAAAGAACCAUACUGUAAGUGAGAGGUGUUCUCUGUUUUCCCGGUUUUGCUUCCCUUGUUUGUUUCUUUCAUGCUAGGCUUUUCCUGGCAACAUGUCCAUUGCAGGCAGUGGACACGAAACCACCAGCAUUGAGAUGACCCAGAACAUGGUAAGACCUAUCCUGAAGGGGCCACUUGUCAUUACCUGAGUCAUUUGUACAGAAGGGGGAUAGCCAUUAUUUAUGUGGAUGAGGAAACAAGUAAACAGGAUGGUAUUUUUUGGUUUGUAUUUUAUGUCUUUUUUUGUUUUUUGUUUUUUUUUGGCCUUGCCUUUCUUGAGGAAAUGUAGAUAAAGCAUGUUUUCACCCCCAGCUACCUGGUGCUAUUAAGUGACAAUAAUUGUGUUCCUGAAGUUCUGUGAAAACACAACAGUCUAAUGUUGACCAAGUAAAAAGCUAAUGGUGCAUUUGAAUAAGUGAGUGCUGUAGUUGUCGGCAAGAUCCAUGAUUGAGCAUGUGAUGCUUGGAAGAAGUUUGAAUUAUUUGGAAAUCUGGCCAAAAAGUCUUUUAGAUGACAUGUGAACCUUUAAAUGGCAUUAAAUGAGUAAAGCACACAGACAAUGCUUCUCUUGACCACUGUUUUACAGUUUCUUUGCAAACAGUGUUCAGAUUUUCAUAGUAUUUUUUUCCCUAACUAAACCACCAAAGACAGAAAUUUUGUAUGUAUAUACAGUGCGUGUGCAUAUACAAAAUCAUGAUAUGGUAGAAUGCAGCUCCUUUCUUUUUCUACCAAAUGGAAAGAUUUGGUUUGCUGUGAAAUAAACCAGAAGUUUCAAAAACUCUGUAGUGAUUAAGAAUUCUUAACCAUUCUUUGUUCGUAGACUCACUUUUAACCUUAUAAAUUAAUACCAGUUUGCAUAAAUUAGUAUCUGAGAAGAAUAGAAAGUGUUGAUGGCUUGAUGGCAAGCAACAGCUAGUAAGACCCACGUGCUGGAUGCCUGUGUAUUGCAGUGGUGAUUGGCCAUAGGCUGGUUUGGAUCUGUGGAGGAUUGAUUCAUUUUCAAAGGUACCCCCCAUUAAAGUUAAACAAUUAGACUGUAAAGGCAGUGGUUUUAUAUUUGAUCAACUGUCAUUUUAUGUAAAGCAAAUGUAAAUCAUACAUAAAAUUAUUUUAAAUGUUAGAAUCUAGAAAAUUUUCAAACACUUGGCACAGUGCCUGUUACAAGGGGGAGAUACUGUGUUUCAUCCACAAUGAACAUGUUGAGGAUGGGAGAAAUACUCAAGUAAAAACUACUUCAUGGAAUUCCAAAGGGAUGAUCUUGCGUAUUUAGAAAACUCAAAAUAAUCCUUAAACUGCUUUGAAAAAUAAACCUCUGUAACUACUGAUAGCAGAUUGUUUGCCCUUGGUUUUCUUGAUUUUAUGUAGUUAUUUAUAAGGGGACAAAAAAGGGUUGGACAGGGUAAUAAAAUACGUUUUCUUAAAAAUUUCCCUAAGUUACUGGCUAAUGUUAAGUAAAUUAGGGAUGCCUUCCCCGGUUUUUCUUUAUUACCUAAGUCUAUACCCCUUCUCUCUAUUGUGUUUUGAACUCCACAUGACAAUACCCUGUCAUAAUUGAAUACAAGUUAUAGAUGUUUACUGCUGCAGUAGGUCAGAAAGUUCAUUAUUUGAUUUGCCACAAGCGUCCACUGUUAUAUUACAUGCACCUCUUUUGAAGCAUGAACUCUGAAUUACGUUUGUAUAAAUCUGACUAGACAGAGCUCUAGGUUCUGGCUUAACAACAGAUUUGUUUUGCCUCUCAGUCUCUAUUUUCACAGUGCUUUUGAAGUUUCUACAGAAAGCUUUAAAAGUUAGUUUGUGCUCUUGGUUUUAUUCUUACAACUGCUGAAAUACCUCUGUAAGCCUUAUCCUUUAUUCUUUCAUAUGUUGUAUAAUAAAUGUAUAGAAUUCAUUGACCAACUAAAACGUUGGGUGUCUGUAAAUGAGACCAAAAUGUGAGUUGCUUUUUUUCAUAAAAUAAUUUCUAUGGGGGGUUACUAUUACUGACCAGCAGCUAACCUGUGACUGUGAAUGCUUCGUGUCGUCAGUAUUUGCAUCACAUCCAUACAAGUGUGCAAGUCCUGUGACUCCCAGCGUAACUGACAUACUGUUAUGCCACCUAACUCGAGUACAGCAAACUGGUUUUAGGUUUUAAUGGAAUUGAUGUAAAAUGAUAUCCCAUAAAUAAAAAAGUAUUUGUGUUUGGUUUCAGAA